GGGGAAACUCAAGCCGUCACAGAGGAAACUCCCACAGUUCUCGACAGCGGUGAUGAGGAGCCGGCUGACAAGAAGGAAGCAGCGUUGAAAGAAGGACGAAGAAAAACAUUGAAAAUCUUUGUUAUGAGAGACCGGUGGAUGAGAACGUUUCCAGAGACAGUCGGAAAGGAAUGUCCCUCGGAAUGAUGCCUCUUUUCUGGGUCCUGCUUUGGUCAAUGCUCCAUCCUCUGGCUCUCUCCUGUGGUCAACACUGUUGUAUUGCUCAAGAGAGCGAUGGCCUUCAGAAAACGUCUCCGCUGCUGACGUCCUUGCGCUGCCACAACGACUACAAGUCCUUUGUCCACUGCGAGUGGAGGGAACUGGCAAACGAGUCGCUGCAGCUCUGGUUCAAGACAGAAAACGACGCGGAGAAGUGUGCGCCGCACAGCGCUGAGGUUCAGGAUGGAGGUCCGCACAGGACGGCCCAGUGCAGGUACAGCACGAGUGCCUUCUCCCUGGGCAUCAAACACACGGUGUUCUUCGUAGAGGGCAAAGCGCCGACCCCCUGCUCGUCUGGCAGACUCAAGCCCGGGAAUCUUCAUCAGCACUUGAGAACCCGCCCACCGGAGAAUGUGUCCACACGUGGCGCAGGUGAUGGAGACAGGCGGCUUGUUUGGUCCAGCCCUUACCCCUCCUCCUCCACCCUGAACGAAGGCCUCACCUACCAGCUCAGCUAUAGGACAGACAGGCAGGACGACUGGACGACCGAGGACCUCACAGACACAAGUGUGAAACUAGAGAAGCGGCUGCUGCUUCCGGGUCACCUGUACGAGGCCAGGGUGAGGGCCCGGGCCAGCGUGGCUCAAUGGAGCGUCUGGAGUCCUGAGGUGACGUGGCGCAGUGAAGAAGGCGCGGGGCUGCUUCCCAGUUUGCAUUGCGUGCUGGAUGGGGAGAAGGCGGUGACGUGCAGCUGGAGGGUGAGCAGAGAGGUGGAUCACUACAUUACCCACCAGCUGGCAUGUCGACUCAACCAGACUGCGGCGUCUGAGAGAUGCUGCGUGAACCUCACGGUCAGCCCUGACCCCGGCAGGCCCGUGCUGAGGUACAGCUGCUCGCUGGCUGUUGCAGACCCUGCGCGUCUGCUUGUGGAGCUCCUUCCAACGCGCAAGGCCAAGACCUUCCAUGUCUCCAAACACAUUCGUCCCAGCCCGCCGCUGCAGGUGAAGGUGAGGCAGAAAGACACCAACUGGAUGGUGGAAUGGAUUGAGCCAAGCAUCGCUUCAAAAGUCAGACUGCAUUACCAGGUGUGCUAUUACAGCACAGAGGAGCAGGGAUCUUAUGUCCUUCAGAACAUUUCCAAGGGCUCCAAGUCCCUGAGCAUCCUGGGGACGUCUCUGGUCCCUUCCCGGCGUUACUGGGUCAAGGUCAGAUCACUGGUGAACCCCAGCGACUAUGAAGGAGUCCCGUCUGAAUGGACCGAUCCAGUGGAAUGGACCUCCCUAGAGGCCACCUGGUCUCCAACAACGCUGAUCUACUUCACCCUCGGUCUGUUUGUAGCCGCUGUCUUCCUCACAAUCUACUUCACCGUUCCAGCUUGUCGAAGGAGGGCGGUUCUGUGGGUAGACUCAGUCCCUUCUCCGGGCAAAAGCAAAAUCCUCUCCGAGAUCAAGUUGGCCUCAGAUGGGGAGAGCAUGAGCAUCUGCCAAGUCAUGCGUUUGGACAGUGUCAUGUCGACAUGCUCCUCGGCCGCUCUGCUGUGGCCAAUCAAGGACGCCGGUCAAAGGCACCUGGAGCAGGACGAGGGCUGCUGGGAGUGUGAUAACCUGUCCCCCCCUGCUGAAAAGAAUAAGCACUCUGACACGUCCUCCAUGAGCUUCAGCGGUCCAUACAUCUUCUGUCAGUCAUCAGAACCGAGCCACGAGUGCACGGGUGUCCGGGGUGAAGACAAGGAGAUGCAGGAAGAGCCCCCGCCGGACGACUCUCUGUCUCCCUCCCCGAUGAUGUCCGCCCUCUUCGGGGAAGGGUACGUGUGUCUGCCCGGCCGCGGCGUCUCCAGGUCCACACAGGAUCUCGUAUCUCACAGCGACGCCGAAGGGACCCCACAGAGACACGGCCACGCCGAGCAGGACCAACAGUGUCUGGAUGACACGGAGGUGCCGCCGGGCCCAAGCGAGACCGCCAGCGACCUGACCUCAGGACUCUCCUCGCCCCCCUGGUGCCAGGCACAGGCCUCAGGGUACUGCCACCUCCCUGCAGCUUUCGUGAGCGCAGCAAAGUGAA